GAGAGAGAGAAGCUGAAUUUUAGGGUUCUUACUUGUUGCUGAUUUCUAAUGGCGGUGGAAGAAAGAACUUUGAUUUAUCGAUUUCAAUAAACUGUACUGACAUCUGUCCUUUCAAACUGAUCUGGGAUGCAAAGUAUUCACCAGGGUAAGUUAAAAGUUUAUUCACCGGGGUAAGUUGAAUUUUGAAUUUGAGAUUAUUCUAUUGUGAAGAACUACCUAGUUAGCUUCCAAGAUUUGAUCUUUGAAGUAUACGUGUUGCUUUGUUCAAUUUGGACAUGCAUUGACCUUGAUAUUCCUCGAAUAGCGGCUGUUAUUUUGGUCAAUCUGAUUAAUUGGAUCACAUGGGGGAAGCAUCUGUAUCUGUAUCUGCAAGUGAACUCAUAUCCCAACUGGUACAAAUCGGGACUUCAAGUGAAGAUGAUAGUAAUCAGAGGCAAGUGACUCAUUUUGCAGCAAGUGGUUCGAGGAAUACGAGUCCCUUAGGAAGAUCAGGAUCUAGAAAUACAAGUCCGUCAAGGCAGAAGGUGGUGAAAACCAAGCCACGGGGUUUGGAGGAGGAGACUGUGGUUACUACAUUUAGUAAGACCACUCAUCCCGACAUUCAAAUGGAAGACAAUAUCUGGGCUAUGCUACCAGAAGAUUUGUUGAAUGAAAUAUUGGCAAGGGUUCCUCCUUUUAUGAUUUUUCGAUUACGUUCAGUCUGUAAAAGAUGGAAUUCGAUUUUACAAGACAUGAGUUUUCUCAAGUUCCAUUCUCAAGUGCCAUCUCAUGGACCAUGUCUUGUCACAUUUUGGAAGAACGGACAAACCCUUCAAUGCUCAGUGUUUAGCUUGCCUUUAAAGCAAUGGUAUAGAAUUCCUUUCACGUUUCUUCCUCAAUGGGCUUUCUGUUUAGUCGGUUCAUCAGGUGGUCUUGUUUACUUCUCUGGGUUUGAUGGAUUAACUUUCAGAACUAUAGUAUGCAACCCAUUAACACAAGCCUGGAGGAUAUUACCGAGUAUGCAUUUUAACCAGCAAAGACAGUUGAUUUUAGUUGUUGAUAGGAUGGACAGAUCGUUUAAGGUUAUAGCUAAUAGCGAUAUUUAUGGUGAUAAUUCGCUACCUAUAGAAGUAUAUGACUCAAAAAUUGAUCGUUGGACAGUUCAUCAGAUAAUGCCUGCCAUGAAUCUCUGUUCGUCAAAGAUGGCAUUUUGUGAUUCCAGGCUAUAUCUGGAGACUCUUUCGCCACUGGGUUUAAUGAUGUAUAGAUUGGAUUCUGGAUAUUGGGAACAUAUUCCAGCUAAAUUCCCAAGAUCGCUAUUGGAUGGGUAUCUGGUUGCUGGGAAGAAGAAGCGACUGUUUCUUGUUGGGAGAAUUGGGAUUUACAGCACGCUUCAGAGCAUGCGGAUUUGGGAAUUGGAUCAUACAAAGGUUGUGUGGGUUGAAAUAUGCAGAAUGCCGCCAAGGUAUUUUCGAGAUCUUCUGAGAUUGUCGGCUGAGAGAUUUGAAUGUUUUGGGCAGGACAAUUUGAUUUGCUUCACGUCGUGGAAUCAAGCCAAGGGUUUGCUUUAUGAUGUUGAGAGAAAGGUUUGGUCUUGGAUUGUUGGUUGUGCUAUUCAGACGUUUGCCACCCAAGUGUGUUUUUAUGAGCCCAGAUUUGAUGCCUCUAUCUAUUAGCAAGGAAUACUUUUAAAUGUCAUAAUAAUCAUUGGACUAAUAAGUAAUCCUUCUUUCUUUUCUUUUCUUGAAUGAUGACAUGAUCAAAAUUAUUGUGUGAUUUAUUACUUCAA